AUUAGGUUUUCAACCUGAACUCACGUUCUUCGACAGCAACCGACCCGGCACUCGUUUUCUGGAAGAGCGUCCAGCAAUGUUCCAACGCUUUACCAGUGCUCUCCGUUUUGGGCACCGACAUGACGACGAACACGCUGGCCCUUCCAAGGGCGAGGUUAUGGGACAAGUCCUUGAGCAACAUCCAAAUCUUUCUGUUUUUCAUUCAGACUCUGACCGUCCAAUUUCACCAUCAAGUCCGCCAAGCUCACCGUCCAAGAUACGAAAACACUUGAAGCGUAUGUCAAAGGGUCCUGAGGAGUCUCUCCGCUCGUCUUCACCCAUACCAUCCAAAUUGUCGAUUGGAAAGCCGAAAAAAGUAAGGCCUCCACUUCCUUUGAAUAACAAUUCUUCUCAACUUUCUCUCGGUCGUGCAACACCAGAACCUUCGACCUCAUUUCCGCCUACAGAGCCAUCUCGUCGACCAUCGCUUGACGCCCUGCGUUCGGUUGGGAAUGGACCCUUUAGCUCAAUUCGGUCUCGCAGAUCUAUUGAUAUGUUACAAGCCACACCUAGUGAAUCACUACCUCCAGCACAGUCACCAAUUCCAGCAGGAUCAGUCCGUUCGAUCCUACGUGAACCAAAUACGCCUGGUACAGGCCAGAAUGUUCGGUUCUUUUCCCGUGAUGCGUAUAAAGUCUUGACUCCAGACCAGUCCAUAGCUGAUAUCGAAAACCAGGCGAUAUCAUUGCUUCCCUCCAACGUUCCUCCAACACCAGUACCUAAAGAUGACUUUCCUUCUGUAGUCAGUCGUGCAUCGUCGUCGCCCAAGAAUGCACGCCCAACAAUAGUUGAGGUUUUUAGCCGGAUGCAGGACAUCACGAAUCAACCUGGCGAUCGCGAUCAGGAUACGAGUGGGCCAGACAAGUCAUUGUCGUCCAUGAGCAUCUCUGAGGCCCCAUACACCUCCAACAUUCUAGACUUUUCUCAAGAUCUUCAGUUACCCGAUCUUCCUCCUGGUCUUGGAUUCGAUAUUGACUUCGAGAGUGGCGUUGGAGUCUCAACGGAUGUUGACAACCAUUCGCAGGGCCCCAUGAUGACAUCCACCCCUUACCGUUCUGACCCGCGGAAGGGGAAAGGAAAGGAGCGUGAAGUUUCCGUUGACGAGGAUGAUCCCUUGAAACAUGACGUGGAUGAAGGCAUCUUCCAUUCCAAAGAGAAAUCCUCAAAAAUGCCUCUGGGUCUUCAUCAUCGCAGUCAAUCACUCAGCAUGGGACAGACAGCCUUUUUCUCCAUGAUGAAUGGUUCGAAACGGUCUUCCACCUCUUCGGUCGUCCCUUCCCUUGUUAGUGACGUCAAGACGGCCUCUGCUACUGAUUCACCCUCGGUAUCUUCAAUACGAAGUCGUAGUCGUGCUCUCAGCGAUACCGUAUUCCAUUCAGUGUUGCGUUCCUCUCCACCUAAACCCCCAGAGGAAGAUAUCUACGACGAGUCGUCCUCCGACGUUCUCGUAUACUCGGGCAAGGACCCCGAACCGGAUCCAUUCAGCGCGAAUGCUGGAACCUAUUAUACUCGUCAAACCAUGAUCCCAACCACUCCACCCCGAGGUGCUCCGACACAUGUUCGCAAGACUUCCAAGGAGGAUAGUCUUAUUGUCUCCCUCCAAACGCAGCUGGCACUUCAAUCGGAACUCUGCGGACAAUACGAGACAGAUCUUCGAGCUCGCGAUGAACUUGUCGACCUUUUGAGUCAAAAACUUUCUGACUCUGAGAAGGAAGACAUCAAAAGGAGGGGUAUCUUGAGAGCUUGGAAGAAGAAGGUGGCUGAGCUAGAACGAGCGUGUAGGCUUCUCGAGGAGGAAGUCGAGGGAUCGAGACAAGAAAGUAUGGAGAGAAGCUUGAUGGAUGAGGCUAGCGGCCAAGCACUCAGGAUGCUUCACCGCCAAAUCGCAACUCUUGAACGGGAGAAGGGUGACGUAAGUCGGAGAGAGGAAAUAUUACGAGAGGAGGUUGAAACGUUGGAGGGCCUUGUGAGGGAACGAAGUGAAGACGUGCUGAACCUGAAGGAGAAGCUCUGGAAGCAAGAUGAGAGUCAACGAGAGCUGCAGGAGGGCAUCAUACAGGCGAAUGAACAGAUGGAGAUGCUUGGGAACGUUAGCCUUUGCUUGGUUGACGAGGAUGAGUUGAGGAAGCAGCUUGCAGAGGCCAGGGCAGAAGCUGAGCAGAGGAAUGAAGAGGAAAGGGCGAAACAUCACGAGGCAGAAACAAAGUGGGAGAGCCAGAAAACCGAACUGUUGCUUUCCGCUGAAAACGCCAAGGCAGAGAAAAUCAGUCUGGAGGGUGAAUUGGAGACCUUGAAACAGCAGCUCAAAAACCGCGACGAUGAAUACACUACACUGAAGUCUGAAUUGGAGGCACAGUGGGGACACGCGGAGAAAGCUAGUGACAAAAUUGAGGUUCUCUCCGCCGAAAAGGAAGAGAUCGAGAGAGAGCGCCAAGCCCUCGAAGUUGAGAAGAAUACUAUGGAGAUGGAUGUCCAGAACUUACAACUUGUUAAAGGAGGGCUCGAACAACGGUGCCAAGCUCUCGAAACCGAGAAGGGCGAGCUGGAAAAGGAAUGUCAAGAUUUAAGUAACGCUUUGGAAGAGCUUCAGGAGAGAGUAGAGAGUAUGGAACUUGAUUUUAACGAUUCUGAAAACAGGCGGAAUGAGCUUGAACGCCAGGUAGAAGCCCUGGAGAGUCAAGUUCAUGCAGGCAAAGAUUCGGUCCGCUACAAGCACGAACAUGCUGAGGGCCUUGCUCAUAAGCUGCAGGAGCGUGAAGCCCGGAUCAACGAGCUCGAGAUGGAAUGUCGUUUCAACGCGGAUAACGUAGCAAGGCUUGAGAAGAACAUCGAACAACGCGACCAGGAGGUUUCCGCUCUCAACGAGCGCGUCCUCUCGCAGGAGAAGGAGGUUGAGAGGAUCAGCGAGAACAUGACUAAGAUGACUCGUGAACACACUCGCAUCGUGAAUGAGCAGAUGAGAGAUCUUCAGGAUAGCGCGAUGAGAGAAGGGGAAGCGAGGGGUGAAAUGGAGUCAUUGCUCAAGAGCCAGGCGGAGGCAAACGUAGUGCUUAGGACUUCCCGCGAGAAGAUAAACUCACUACAAGAAGAAGCCGAAAAACUCAGGAGACAAGUGCAUCAGCUACAGCAGGAUAGCGCAGAUAAAGAGGUGAAGAUCGUUCAGCUUAUGAAAGGACGAGAUCGGGACAAGGAAGAUCUGAACGGUUUGAACAUCGCGUUGGAUUCGAAGCAACAAGAACUUGAGCUGAUCAAGCGGAAGUUGAGCGUUCGUGGAACAGCAGGAAGCACUCCCCUUCCAACAAAAACUGGGAAUGCGCAUCGCCGCGACCCUACAAUAUUCUCAACGCCAUCCACCUCUCGACCACCCUCAGUGUUGAGUGACUCCGGGAGGGAAAGUGUCGCAUCUAACAAGGAGAGGAAGCUCUCGUCAGAGACUCCAAUGAAGAAUCCCGCUCUUGCCAGGAGCACUAGGGCAAACGCAAACCCAUCGGCCUUUACUUCAAAGAGCGCUACUUUUAAAGCUGGACUAAUGGGCCCUCCUGUUGCGCCCACUCGACAAUCCCUUGGUACGCCGACACCCUCACAACGCGUCCCCUCCCUAUCGCGAACCUCGUCGACCGUUCCAAAGGAGGUAAUUCAACAUCGUCGACCAUCAUCCACUGUCCUUGAUGCAAGCAAGAUAAGAGCUGCUGCUGCUGUUAAGCGAGCACAGCUGGGUGAGAGCCCUCCGCCAAGCGAUGCAUCUGAAAAGGAUGACAAGGAGAACGUGGACCUUAGAUCUCAACGAAGGGCCAGUAUGAUACCCACCCCCGCAUAAUAUUCCGUUCAUUCUCAAUUCUUGAACUCUCCGAGUCCUUUUUCUUUGUGAUAUAUGGACAUUUUUUCCGAUUUCUUUUUCGAUCUUCUGCCCACCGCCAUUGUACGACUGGCAUUUCUUGAACGAAAUUUCGCUAUCGGCGUUGUAUGCUCUCGUUAUGCUCUGUAGCUCUUCUCACCUACGACUACUCACGCUAUUAUUUGAACUCAUCUAUGCACAAGACAUCGAUGUCAUGUAUAGUAGAACGAAGACAUGUCCAGAAUCCAA